GAGGAGAAGACCGCCGGCGACAUUCAAUCACUCGUGAAGCGCGUGUUCAGGCUUUAUGCUACCGGCUAUUCGAAGGGUCAGUAUGUGUUCAUCCGGAAUCCCGACCUGGGCCACUUUAUGGAUGAUGCCAAGGAAGCUUUGCCUGCCCAUCGCAAGAAGUUUCGACGCUUUAAACGAAUAUUCGAGUCGAUCUUCGAUGACACCAUACAGCUGCAGUGUGAUAUGCCUGGCCAGGGUCUGCGAAUCACCGCGGGCUUGACGUUGGCAGGGGACUGGUUCCAAGUCUUUGUGCAGAAAGCGGUCCGGCGGGUUGGCACGGAGGUCAUGGGCUUCUUCAUGGCCCUGCUCGAAGCACAAGGCUGCUAG